AAAGUGUACUUGGAUUGGAUGGUGAAAAAACAAAAUCACAUUGAAUGAAUAACUGAAUGUGAAUAACUACUCUCUCUGAACUUCAAUAAAAGAUGGUUCGCCAAUCCCUGACAUCACAAUUUAUUACCAUGCCAAAAGCUGCAUAUCUUCUAUCUUCUUCCCCUCUCAAAUUUGACAGUACAUGCCGAAUUAAAUUUAAACCUCAAGGUUUAACAUAAUAUACCCCUCCUAACUCUGCCUGAACCAGUACAUCUGUACAAGCGUACACACUUCUUCCCUUCAUUCCUUCUUAGUAUUUAAGAACCACACCACCUUCAUCACUGCACUGCACUGCAUUACACAAACUUAGCCUCUUUCCAUUUUCGAUGGACAAGCUAUCUCACCCAAACACAGCAAACUCACCACCCCUCACCCCACUCACUUUUUUAGAGAGAGCAGCUAUCGUCUACGGCGACUGCACUUCCAUCAUCUACAACCGCACCACCACCUUCACCUGGUCCCAAACCCACCGCCGAUGUCUCCAGCUUGCUUCCUCCAUCUCCUCCCUCGGCAUUGGCAAACGCCAUGUCGUCUCCGUGCUUUCCCCCAACACCCCUGCCAUGUACGAGCUCCAGUUCGCCGUUCCCAUGUCCGGUGCCACCCUCAACAACCUCAACCUCCGCCUUGACCACCACACCCUCUCCACACUCCUCCGCCAUAGUGAAUCAAGGCUCCUCUUCGUCGACAUCCUCUACCUCCCCCUCACCCUCAACGCCCUCUCUUCCUUCCCUCCAAACACCCCCAAACCCAAACUUGUCCUCAUCAACGAUGAUACACUCGCGUCACACCAAACCAAACCCCAACCAACACUCGACACCUACAAGACACUCGACACCUACGAGACACUAGUCUCGUUAGGUAACCCGGAGUUUAAAUGGGUCCGACCCAAUUCUGAGUGGGACCCAAUUGUGUUGAACUACACCUCCGGAACGACGUCGUCUCCAAAAGGCGUUGUUCAUAGCCACAGAUCAAUUUUCAUCACAUCCCUUGAUUCACUCAUUCAUUGGUCCGUGCCGAAGAACCCGGUUUAUUUAUGGACCCUCGCGAUGUUCCACGGUAAUGGGUGGUGCUACCCAUGGGGGAUCGCAGCCGUGGGAGGUACCAAUGUCUGCACGCGUAGGAUUGACGCGCCGACAAUUUUUCAUUUGAUUGAGCAUCACGGUGUGACGCACAUGUGCGCCGCGCCGGUGGUGCUCAAUAUGCUGUCAAGCUACAAAAGAGGAGAGAAACUUAAGAAACCGGUACACGUGUUAACCGGCGGAUCGCCGCCUCCCGCGCCAAUUUUGUUACGAGCGGAGGAGAUGGGGUUUGAGGUGACGCACGUGUACGGCAUGACGGAGGCCGGCGGGGUAGUUGCGACGUGCGCGUGGAGGAGGGAGUGGGACCGGUUGCCCGCGACGGAGCGGGCGAGGCUGAAGGCGAGGCAAGGGGUGAGGACGUUGGGGAUGACGGAGGUGGACGUGGUGGACACGAGCACAGGGAAGCGCGUGAGGCGCGACGGGGUGAGCGUGGGUGAGGUAGUUUACCGCGGCGCGUGUGUGAUGCUGGGGUACUUGAAGGACGUGGAGGCCACGCGCAAGUGCGUGAAGGGUGAUGGGUGGUUAUACACAGGCGAUGUGGGAGUUAUGCAUGAGGAUGGUUAUUUGGAGAUUAAGGACAGGUCCAAGGACGUGAUUAUUAGCGGCGGAGAGAAUCUGAGCAGCGUGGAGGUGGAGGCGGUGUUGUACAUGCACCCGGCGGUGAAUGAGGCGGCGGUGGUGGCGCGGCCGGAUGAGUUUUGGGGGGAGACGCCGUGUGCGUUUGUGAGCUUGAAAGAGGGAGGGUUGUCUAAGGUGACGGAGAAGGAGGUGAUGGAGUUUUGUAGGGAGAGGCUUCCGCACUUUAUGGUGCCAAAGACGGUGGUGUUUAGGGAGGAGCUGCCGAAGACUGCGACGGGGAAAGUUGAGAAGCAUGUGCUUAGAAGUGAUGCACAAGCUAUGGGGUCCCUGUCUGCACCAUCUAUACCUAGUCGCAUGUAAUGUGAUGCGACGACUUAUAAGACUAAGAUUCAUGCUGGUUGGAUAAAGAUUGAUCACUUUUGUUAUAGGCACUAUUUUCAGUUAUUGCAUGGUUAAUAUUUUCAUUAUUUUGUGUUAGUGAUUGAACUUAUACGAGUUGGUAUGAUUCAUGAAUAAUAUAUGAAACAUGAAAUUUCCAGUUGA